AUGAUGCGCCAGUGGCCCAUUGUCUUGCUUAUCUCAGCUGCUUUCCGAGUUGCAGUGGGUUCCACAUGCCUGGCAGAUGGCAUUCCGCCGGAACGACGCAAGAAUUUGGUCAAUGUGAAACUUGGGGAGACCUAUCCCCUGGGCAUGCACUUGAAUGACUGGGCAGCCUCCUAUGCAUCUUCCGCCGUGGCAAAGAUCCUUCUCGAAGAGAAGCUGGGUUACAACGUCACCGAGCGGUUGACGGGCGCCGCCACCGUGGAUGCUUACUUUGCCGUGGCGGGCUGUCUCACGCCGACCAUCAUUGGCAAUCGAGGAUGCGGUGACGGUCCCGCUGUCACCUACAGCCAUGUUUCCUUGGAAGCGUGGACUGAGGGCUACGCCGCGACCUGGGAACAGAUUCAAACCGAUUACCCAGCCACCGCCCCCGUGAACGUCGGCAAUAUGGGUUAUGAUGGAAAAGUGUCCUUCUAUAUCGGACGAGGAGUCAAGGAAGCAGCGUGGGAGUCAGAAGGUUUGAACUUGGAUUUCUUCCGCGGCUACAACAUCUCCUGGCACUUGGCAGCCAAGUACUUCGACCCACCUAGCGUGGUGAACAACUCCCUCCUUUUGCCAUGCAAUGUGACGCGCUUGUGGAUCAGCAGGGUCAUGCAAUUCUACGCCGAGUUGACCGGUGAUUGGGACGGCGUGGACGUGAACGAUGGCGUCGUCACAGCGAAGUGUUGGGAGGGGAAAUUCUGGUAUGCGCCCUCCUGUCGUGGCAACUCUUCGGGCUGCUUCGUGUUUCUCACUGGUGGCAAUGGCUGGGACCUGGAGAACUCCAUGCAGAAGGCCACCGCAUGGAAUAUGCCCAUGGCCUGCGCUACAGCUUUGAACUGGAAGUGGUUCACGAAUCUGCCACUUCAGCACGACAUGAUGUUCUAUUGGUGGGUGCCGGACCCUACGUUCUUAUCGCUCAGUCCCUUGGAGGUGGCCUUCCCUCCCCAUGACCGGCAGGCACACCUCCGUGGAGACAAGCGAACCUCAAUGAGUACGACCUCGGUGGACAUUUGCGUGAGCAAGGACCUGCGGGUCUUGGCGCCCGAUGCUCAGAAUCUCUUCGAGAAUUGGGACAUUUCCUUGAAGCAGGUGGAUCACAUGCUUUUGGACCAGAUGAACACUGGUGAUGGUUGGGAUGUCACUGCCUGCCGAUGGCUCCAAAACAAUGAGGAGACGUGGUCCAAAUGGCUGCCAGACUCUACGACCUGCUUCGCGCAAUUCGGGCUCUACAACAGCGUCACCAAGAUGUUCGUGGAGAAUCGUGACGAUCCCACGAACUUGGAGUGCUUGGCUUGCCCCAGUGGCAGCUUUUCCAGGGAGUUAGUGGACUCCACGGGGCUCACGCACACGUGCGCGUUGUGCCCCGUGGGCACCGCACAACCCCUGGGCGCCGCCGUGCAAUGCGACCAAUGUGACUAUGGCACCUACCAGGAUGAAGUGGGGCAAACGGCCUGCAAGCCUUGCAAAAUCGGAGCCUACCAAGAUGAGAAGGGCCAAGGUGUAUGCAAGGUCUGUCCCACAGGAAUGACCACUUUGGGCCUCCGCGGCCGUUCGCCGCUGGAUUGCGGUUGCGCAGUUCAAAGUAUCGAUAUUGGCCAGGCAGGAGAGCCCAAUUGUGUGAGCUGUGGCCCUGCGGGGGAGUACUUGAAAUGCCCCUUCGGCUCCACAAUCCAAGCUCUACAGAGCGGCCAGGCCGAGUUGGGCGAGGCCUUCGUUCCGGAGAUCGAGGCAGGCUACUACAGCACCGAUGCUGCACCCCUGGAGGUGUACAUGUGUGCGAACACCAUCCAGUGCCCGGGAGGUGAGCCGGGCACCUGCGGCGGCGGCUUGGAAGGCAUCCCCUGUGCCGAAUGCCCGGGGGGGCGAGACCUGGUCGGGCACGGUGUGUGA